UUUAUUUAUGAUUUGCAGUUGAACAGUGUAAAAUAAACACUGCUUUAAAAGAUCAUACAUUUUUAUAGUCGAACCACUUUUAACUUGUUAAAGACUUUUGAUAAGGAACAUAAUCGGACUUCAUGUAUGAUUAACGAUAUUAUUUUGUUUCAGUUAUAAGAUGUAUCUCAUUCGGAUGGUUUAUAUUUUUAUAUUGUACCUAACUUUGGAUGUUUGCAAGUCUAAUGGUACGCACUGUCCUGACUCUUGCGAAGCAUGUAGUGAGACCGGUUCCAAUUUCGUGUGUAACUGCAGUAAAGGAGCGUAUUAUAUUAACGGCGGCUGUGCUCCAUGUCGUACUUUUGGGGUUAACUGCGAACGCUGUAGCAAUGUGUCACAAUGUGAAGAAUGCUUCCCUGGAAAAUGGGGACCACAGUGUAUCAACGAAUGUGGGACGGGUUGUAAAGAUGGUAAAUGUAAUUUCAAGGACGGGUCAUGUGCAUGCAUUCAAGAAUAUUAUGGAUCUGACUGCAAAAAUCAAUGUUCUCAAAACUGCCUUAGCAGCACAUGCUUAGACAAUGGUCACUGCAAUUGCACACAAGGGCAUUAUUUACAAACGUGCAGUGCACCAUGUUUAUCAGCAUGUGAAGAAUGUACUAACAGUUCAUCGUGCACUGUAUGCCCGUUUGGGAAAUUUGGAAACUCUUGUCAAAAUGAAUGUCAAUGCAGUAACAAGACUAGCUGCAACAUAAUAACGGGUGACUGUAUUGCUCGGACGUGUCCCCAAACGUGCACAUCAUGUGUUGACAGUGAACACUGCACUGGGUGCACUGUUGGUUGGUUUGGACGUACAUGUAGCUACGCGUGUUCUAGUAAUUGUUUCGGGGGAUGUGUUCAGUCGUCUGGUUUUUGUAAUUCAUGUUCACAUCGAUACUUCGGUUCAAGCUGUGACCGAGAAUGUAGUUAUUGUGGUGACAGUAAUUGUACACAAACUGGUGAAUGUUACAAGUGCUACCAAGGUUUCUAUGGUACAUUUUGUAACUCAACAUGUCCAUCUACUUGUUCUGCAAAAUGCAAUCAGAAAGACGGAUCCUGUGCCUUUACUUGUCCUGCAAACUGCCUUAACUGUUCAGACAGUUUAACAUGCACUAAAUGCAAAGACUUUUUCUACGGAUAUAUAUGUAAUGAAAAAUGUAGCUCUAUGUGUAAACAAGGAAUCUGUGACAUGAAGUCAGGACAUUGUAUUGAAUGCAAUUCGUCUUUGUACUACGGUGACUUCUGCAACACCACCUGUAGCUCCGCAUGUUCAGCAAAUGGAUGCGUAAGGCAAACUGGUCGUUGUAAUGGGUGCAUGGGUAAGACGGGUUAUGGACCGUCUUGUAACAUCACAUGUAAUACUAAUUGCAAGUAUCAAAUGUGUUCUCAAGAAAAAGGUCACUGCACCGAUGGAUGUUUACCAAACUAUUAUGGGUCAACGUGUGACAAUGUAUGCUCUGAGAAUUGUGUUAGUUCCAUAACAGAAUCAAACUGCGACACAAAGGGAAAGUGCCUUAGUGGAUGUAUUGACGGAUUCAUCGGCGAUAUGUGUACAACGGGAAGUGAUACGGAGAACGGGCAAAGGGAGGCAUAUGCUAUAGGAGGAGGUGUGGGAGGGGUUGGGUUAUUAACUUUGGUCGUCGUUCUUGUUGUUGUUGUUCUAAAAAGGAGAAGAGAAAGCAAGCCCUAUAAGGAUCGGAGUGAAGAAACUGAUCAUGAAUACCACACAAUUGAGCGAUUGCAUGGAGUCAAGCAAGGUUCCAUAAAAGCACCAACAGCACGUUCGUUAUCAACAAUAAACCCUAGUUACAACCAAGCAGCUUCCGACAUAAUGAUGCUCGACGGUGGCUUAGAAACACCAACGGACGAUGAUGAUCUUGAAAUUGAUUUAGACGAAGAGAGAAGGUCUCAGAAAAGGAAACUGGCCAAGAAGGUUGAGGAGAACGUUUACUACAUCGGUAUUCAGGAUAUAGAGAAACGGAAAGUGAAAGUGGAUGAACUGGCGGCUUUUGUGGCUGGAAAGACUCUGGAUUACUAUGAGGAGGAAUUUGAUAAAUUCUCUGAUGGCCUCGCAAGGAGCUGUGACGCUGCCAAAUUACCUCAUAACAGGGCGAAGAACAGAUACAAGGGAUUAUAUGCAUAUGAUGCUACAAGGGUGAAAGUGGCUGGUUUUGAAACUGAUUACAUCAAUGCUAACUACAUCGAUGGUUUCAAAGAGAGAAAUGCGUAUAUUGCUUCGCUUGGUCCAAUGUCGAAACAGAUGGGCGACUUUGCUAUGUUCUGGAAUAUGAUUUGGCAACAGAAGGUGGAGAAGAUUGUCAUGGUUACGAACUUGAUGGAGGAAGGGAAGGAAAAAUGCGAGCAGUACUGGCCCAAUGUUGGGAUCACUAUAAACUACAGCGGGGUGAUGGUCACCUGUCAGAACGAGAAUGAGUAUGCAGAUUUCACGAGGAGGUUGCUGCUCUUAAAUGACGGCAAAUCUGAGAGGCAGCUGCACCACCUCCACUUCACGGCCUGGCCUGAUAGGGGAAUCCCAGAGGACGUAACAGCGCUGAUUGAGUUCCGACAUAGAGUGCUCCAUUCUCCUGCCCAUCUCGGCGGUCCAACGCUGGUCCAUUGCAGUGCGGGAAUCGGUCGAACAGGGACAUAUAUUGCGUUAGAUAUUCUAACAAAGGAAGGUAAUUCGAACAAGGCCAUUGAGAUUCCAGGAUGCAUCAUCAAUAUGAGACAGAACAGGCCAAACAUGGUCCAGACUGCGGAACAGUACGAGUUUCUACACCUUGCCCUGGUUCACACUCUGACCUUAAACAGUGAGCAGAUACCACGAAAACAGUUCCAGAACUACAUGAUCGAGACCAACAAGGGCGAUCUUAACACGCAGUUUAAGAAAAUAACGGACACUCCCCACGUUCACACUGACGAUGAAAUCGUUGCUAUAGAACGAAACAAGUCUGAGAAAGGAAGGAACAGAAGUGGAGCAGAUAUUCCAGGCGAUGAAAACCGCCCUCGACUUUACCUGGGCAUAAGACAUGGAGCUUCAGACUAUGUCAACGCUGUCUUUGUUCAUGCGUUUCAGGCGAAUCGGAAAUACAUUCUCGCCCAGUCUCCGAUGCCAAAUACUGUACAGGACUUCCUUACUUUGGCAUACCAAGAAAAUUGCUCCUGCAUUGUCAGCUUUGAACAAAGUGACGGCACAAAGGAUAUGGGUGAAUAUUAUCCAGCGGACAAUCAAGUGCUCAAGAAAGGUCAACUGUCUGUUGCAUGUGGUAGGGAUAAGGUCGCGAAUGAGUAUAGUAUCCAGAAAGGACUAACUAUUGAGUUCACGGGAAGCACACAGAAUGAAGGUGGCAAGAGUACAUUGCGACACUUUGAGUUUACAGACUGGAACCAGACUGGAAAUGUUCCAUGCAGCCCUGCUAAAUAUGUUGCAUUUCUGAAAGAUGUCAAAAUUGCAUCGUCCAAUGGGCCUGUUCUUGUCCACUGCAGGGAUGGGGGUAGUAAGAGCGGGAUGUUCUGUGUUAUGGCAUUCCUCGUGGAGAAGAUGGUAGUAGAGCACGAGGUCAGUGUGGUAAAUGCCGUCAGGAAGGUCAAGGCCAGGAGACCCAACGCCGUUCCCAAUCAGGCACAGUUCGACUUCUGCCAUGAUUGUGUUCUGGAGUUCGUCCGUUCGUUCAAAACAUACUCCAAUAUCGGUGGAAAUAUAUAAUGUGCAUUUGAAAUAACUACCUUGACUCCUAUGAUUUCAAAUAGUUUACAUAGGUAAUCAAUAAGAAGAUUAGCUAAUAUAUGUCGCUUUUAAUUUUAACAAUGUUUUCUUCAUUUUUUCCCAGUUUUAGAACAAUGAUGCUUUUUAUUAUAAAACUCUAUGAUCACACAGUUUUAAACCUUUUAAUUUCUAAAGCAGACUGUGUGUGAUGAUCAUAGUUUCAAACAAUGUCUGCAUCGUAGUUUGAAAAACACUGCAUUAGGUACUCUGAAUUGUAUUCCUCGGUUUCAGAAAGAGUUGGGAUCUCUAAACUUUGAAGUACUUGGGGUUUACCGAUUAGUUUAUUAUUAUUUGUUUAAUUAUUAAAUUUCCUCAAGUUAAUGCAUAUUUUGAUAAGAUUUACCUUUUCCGUUCUUUUUCCUUAUUCAGAAUUGUUGGGAUAUGAGUGGGGUAUGUGCACGUAAACUGGUUUAAGCUCCCAGUAAAUUUACAUUUCACUGACCUUUCUAAUGCGGUACAUAACAAUCCUUGAUAUACACCCCUAGUGUUUUUAAAUAUAUAUAUAUAUAUAUAUAUAUAUAUAUAUAUAUAUAUAUAUAUAUAUAUAUAUAUAUAUAUAUAUAUAUAUAUAUAUAUAUAUAUGCACUGUGGUGUUUGUGGAGUUUUGUGCUGUUGAUCCAUGUUUCUUAUUUGUGCUUUUUCUGUUUUUGUGUUCUAUGUCUUUGGCGUUUAUCAUGUGCCAUUAAACGGGGGUUAGGUUUAAUCUUUUGGCUACUGAGCUUGUUUCUGUGGUUAGUCCUAAUCAUGUCGUCACUUUGAUAUAUAUUUUUGUUUAUCUGAUAUUGCAUACUAUUAUGUUCAGUAGUUGGCACUUGAAGUUAAGCGGUUCCCACGACAACAUAUUACCUAAAGUUCAAUCAGUCAACACACUUAUUAGGGCGUUCUUUAGAAUAUACAAUUACAACAGUUAUUUGGGGCUACCGAUCUCAGCCGCCACUUAUUCCCGAACUCAAAUAAUUUUAAUCAACUCUGUACAAACGGGGACAGCUGAAAUAGUAUCUACACAAAAUACUCAUGUGAACAGACGUUUUGCAUAUCUAGUUAUAUCUACACGUAUAUAACUAUGAUGUAUUUAUGUAAAAUCAAACAAAUUGCUUCGUUUGUAUAUUAUAUUACUGUUUCGUGUUUGGAAUUUGUUAAGUUGUAGUUAUGCUUCUACCAGUACAACUUUAUAUGUUACUUCUUCCACAGAUGAGAUAUAUUCAUAAAAACUUUCCUGCAUUCAUCAGCCUUAUGCUAAUUCUAUAAAACUGAUCGUGUUUUCUUUCUGCGUAAACUUAAUAGAAUGUUUAAGGACUACUGCAACGUGUUUAUAGGUUUAUUCGUAUAUUGGAAUAACAUGUUCAUAUCUACCCAUGACGUACACAGUUUCGACUACGUCAAAGACUGGUUCCGCACAUGGGAAUAAUAAUAAGUAAUGUAAAAUCUGAAUGUCCAUAAACUGCUGCUUUUUUCUCUUUUUCCUAAAUAUAACAUGUGCGUUUGUGGUAAAAAUUCUUUGAAUGAGUGUUGUAUUAAAUGGAAA